UACGCUCGUACAGUCACAUGACUGACUUCAUUUCCCAACAGCCCAGGUUGCGCAGGCGCAGAUUAGUUUGUCUGACAGUGGUAAACAGACGUCAGAAGGGAGUCUUCGCCUCGAGUAAAAACAAAACAAAACAAAACAAAUCAAAAAGAUGUUGGAUGGAUAUGCCUUCGGAGAUCGGAAAUGACAGGAAGUCGUUGAAAACUCACUCGUCAGUGAACCUGAGUGCCAGAGAGGAUUUACCGGAUCGUUUUACAGACUUUUUUCACGGAUUAUAAACUCUGAAACUGCCGGAUCUCCCCAGCUAGGUGGCUAUCGGGCUGUUUUCAAAGGGCGGCGAGUUUGCCGACAGAAGACGUGGGACCUAAAAAUCUCGGGAAACCUUGAGGAAGUCGACCCUGGCGUUUAUUAAACGGUCCCGCGCUCCGAGAAUCAGCAUUGUUGGGCCGGGUCGGGGGAUUGGCGUGUACCGUGAGCAUCGUGUGCCGCGUCGCAGCGUCGACCAACAUGGCAGAUGGUGACAUGCGCCUACCCACAAUGUGUUGGAGCGUGCAGACCUGAACCCUCAAACUACGGACUUUACUACACACAUAUUUUUACUCAAUAUAUAUUUUUUUUGUAUUUGUAGGACUUGCAAGGAACUUUUACGAAUGAUUUCCGUGUUAUUUAACUGAGCUUGUGCGUUUGUAAAACUCUUAUUUAUCUGGCGACCCAGAUGAAUGUAGGCCAUAGACGCGGUAAACAGCGUACAUUUACUAUUAGUAAAUAGUCAGUUCCCUGCAUUAUUGAACAAAUCUAUUACACCCCAUUUGAACGUGAACAUCUGACUGGCAUUUAUAUUCUAAGAAGGUGUGUUUGUGGAUUUGAUUCGGUUUUGGUGUCAUUUCAGGAGCGAGAGGCGAUUUUAGCGGGUGUUGCAUAGACAUCGCGUUGUUUACAACUGGAGAAGGAGGAUCUCCGCUCCUCUGUAACGGUGAUCUGUUGAUAUACCUUUGUUGAUCGCAUUGCUAUACAGUAAAAGUAUUUCUGGAUAUGUUUAAAUACGUAUCGUGCGAUACAUAAUAAUACUUGUAAUAAUUAAUUAAAUAUAGCCACACGUGGUACGGAAUAGUUUUGAAAGUGUUUCAAUUAGUUUUAUUUACACAAAUUAUCAGCAUAAAAUAAAAAUAAAUAAAACAAACACCGCGCAUUAAAUGUGUAGAUCAUGUUAAUCGGGUGUGACAGAUUUUAAACUCAGAUUAUUUCAGAUAUAGCAUUUUAGUAACCGUAAAUAAUCUAACGGUAGAAGUGACAUUUUUAUUAUAAUUAUUAUGUGUUUUAUCAUAAUUUUAUUGUUUUGGUACAACUCUUUUCCUUUGUUCUUGUAAUCAGACAAAGGAAUUCUCAUCUCAGCUCUAUGAAACCCGAAGGUUUAUGAUAGUUACUAUUAAGGAGAUUAUUUGGGUUCCCUAAUCUCCAAACUCAGGAUUAACAGAGGCUAUUGGUGUAUCCAGAUUAUUGCGUCUCUUUUCUGGGCCUACUGUUUACCCCCUAGGACUUGGAACAUAUUGUUUCAAUACUCACAAGUUGUUGACUUUGCAACAAUCGCAUUUGGCCAAUUGGAGUUCAACUAUAUUUAUUUAUUUUAUAUUGCUCACUCUUCACCAUGGAAGACUCAUCGGUAACCCCCAUCGACCCAGAUUUUGAACCUAAGAGCAGACCGAGGUCAUGCACAUGGCCGCUCCCGAGACCCGACAUCUCAGCUGUCAAGCCAGAGGGGGCAGACGGCUCAGAGUCCGCUGCUGGAACCCCUCCCGCCGAGGAAGAUAAACACGAGUCCCAGCCAAUCACAUCCGAGCCCGAGAAAGUCGCGGCCGCCGAGGGAGGUGUCGGGGUGGGGGUGGGCGGGGCGACACCCCGAAAAGGCUCAUCCAGGCGCAACGCAUGGGGCAACCAGUCGUACGCAGACCUCAUCAGUCAGGCCAUUGAAAACUCCCCCGAGAAGCGUCUCACGCUGGCACAGAUCUACGACUGGAUGGUGAAGACUGUGCCUUACUUCAAAGACAAAGGGGACAGCAACAGUUCUGCAGGAUGGAAGAACUCCAUCCGCCACAACCUCUCACUCCACAACAAGUUCCUGAAGGUGCACAACGAGUCCACGGGGAAGUCCUCCUGGUGGAUGCUCAACCCGGAGGGCGGGAAGAUGGGCAAGGCGCCGCGGCGUCGCGCCGCCUCCAUGGACAACAGCAGCAAGCUGCUGAAGAGCCGCAUGCGCGCCAAGCAGACCAAGAAGCUGGCGGGCGCGGCGGCCCUCGGGGGCGCGCCGGGGGCCCUGCAGGGCGAGGGCCCGGCGGGGUCCGGGGGCGGCGACAGCCCCAACUCCUCCCAGCAGUUCGGCAAGUGGGGGGUGAGCAGUGGCAGCCCGUCGUCCCGCGGCAGCCUGGACGAGCCCGACAUCUGGACCAGCUUCCGGCCGCGCACCAGCUCCAACGCCAGCACGCUGAGCGGGCGGCUGUCGCCCAUCGCGCCGGGCCAGGAGGAGGAGGAGGACCUGCCCGAGGAGGGGCUCCUGGGGGGGUACUCGAGCGGCGGCCUGCCCCAGACCCUCGCCGAGACCCUGAUGGAGGAGCUGGACCUGAUCGACGGCCUGACGCUGAUGACGAGCCACGCGGGCGGCGGGGCCAGCCCCAGCCCGGCGCCGGCCGCCGCCCCGACCCCGCUGCCCUCGGCCUCCACCCUGCUGCCCCGCGGCGCCGGCUUCCACUCCUUCUGCCAGCUGCCGCAGAGCCCCGGCCACGCCAGCGCCGCGCAGCCCAUCCCCUCCCCGCGCGGGGCCGGCAACACCAAGCCCGCAAACUUUGGCAACUCCCUCUUCAACCCCAUGCCCAGCCCCGGGUCCCGCGGGUCGGGCCACUACGGGAGCCACGUGCCGUCCAGCCUGGAGGCCCUGCUCACCUCGGACUCCCCUCCCCCCGCGGACAUCCUGAUGACCCAGGUGGACCCCCUCGGGGCCGGGCCGGGGGGCCUGGGACUGAUGGGUCUGGGCAGGCCCAAGCCCAACCAGCUUCUCCUGGGCAAAGGCCUGGAGCCCAACAGUGGGGGCCCUAUGGGCCUGCAGGCCCAGCUACAGCCUCAGCACCACAUCCACCAGCAACAACAAUCACAGCAGCAGCAACAACAACACCAGCAACAACAACAACAACAACAACACCAGCAGCAACAACAACAACACCAGCAUCAGCAGCAGCUUCUCUCUCAGAUGGGUCGGGAGAUGAUCCUCUCUGGCAUGGGCCAGGACCUUCCCCAGCUCUCCCCUCUAAAGGCGCAGCACAGCCCGGGGCCCGCCGGGGGACCCCACCACGGAGGGACCAUGUCCUCCCUGGCCAGCCCCGGCGUGGGUCUGCAGGGUUUCGGACAGUUCGGCCCGCCCUCCUGCUUCCUGCCCAGCCAGGACCGGCUGCCCACCGACCUGGACAUCGAGAUGUUCACCGAGAACCUGGACUGCGACGUGGACUACAUCAUCAACAGCGACCUCAUGGACGCGGAGGGCAUCGACUUCAACUUUGACCCCAUCAUGCCGGGGGGCCAGGGCUACGGGGGCCCUGCCACCACGCAGAGCUCCUCCCACACAUGGGUGCCCAGCUAAGCGGACCGCCCCUCCCCCCCCCGUUGCCACGACAGCCAGGGAACGAAGCCCAAUCACAAAGAUGACCUCAAAACAAAACUCUACAAACUCAAGUGGUGCAUUCCCCUCCAUGUAUGCAGAUGCAGAUCUGUUUUUCAAAAGCCGCUGUUUAUUUUGGACGCAAAGACAAAAACCAGACCUCAACCACAUCAUGUGCCAAGACACAAGGGGGGGAGGGGGGGGGAGUUAGACUUCUAUGCACAGCUUUUUAUUAUAUAACCUGCAGACAGUACUUCUUCGACGAUGUGACACCCAAGUAUGUAUAGCUUCAGGGCGGGAGGCGGGAGGCCGCACAUGCAGCCUGAAAGAAACGGCCAGUUGACCUCACAGAACCACACUUUCAAGACCUAUUUCUCUCACGUGAAAUGCCGGGCCAUGGAAAAUUUAAAAUAGGAAAUAAAUUAAAUAUGACGGAUAAGGAUUUGGAAACAUUGCGAGCACUUCUGCAAACGCUGUCCUCAAAAUAACCAAUCUAGGGGGGGAGGGCUCUGAAGAGGGGAAAGUCUUUUCUGGAAAGCCGAGCGUUCGCCCUUGGGCUGCGCUCGGACCACCUGUACGAGCUGUGGUCACCGAGAGGUACGAAACGUGUGAUUCUUGCUUUUGAUUAGUUUUUUCUCACUGAAAAUGUUGUGAUUUGAACAAGUGGAUAUGAUUUGCAGUUUGGGCUUUCUUGAUUGUGUGUUCUAAGUGACACAGAAACCACAGAGGCGCAGUUUCACUAACAAAAUGAAGAAAUGUGUUUUUUAACUCAUACCUGGGGCAUUCAAGCGUAAAUCUAUGUUGGCAGCGUAAUGGUAGAAAAGGUGUUAUGUUUGUCUAAAAAUGGCCUAUGAUUUUGUUUUAGAUUUGUUUUCCGAGAGUUUGUGCAUUUAUUUAAGCACUUAACAUUUCCUGUAUUUCGUGAGACUCGUACACAGGGACCCUAGCAGACUGUUCCACUUAGAGCCUAAGUCCCGCCCCUUCCGCUGUCCCCAAUUUCACCUUAUUUUGGAAAAAAUAUCACAGUCAAUGGCGUUAUGACGUCACAAACACAACUUUUGGGUGUGUAGUCUUUCUCAUUGCGUAUUUUGUACUUCCGUCGUUCUACGAAUUGAAAAAGAUCAGCAAACGUGUAAUUCAUAACACAAUUCAAACAGGAUCAGACAAUGAUGAGUCUUUGGCCGUCGACUACAGGACACAUUUCCACCGAAAUGGGGGCCAGUGGACGGGGCUUGACUUGGGCUCUAUGUUAGGUUCAACUCUUAAGAAAAUGUGUAAAGGCGGUUAGGUUUGUUUUGUAGCCAUUGUACAUGUCACAGUAUGCAGAUUAAUGAGACCUAAUUAAGAUCUCGAAUGAAAACUUAAAAGAUAUUUUCUUGAAGGGUUGUCAUAUUUAAGUUUUCCUGGCAUAUUGUCUGUAUCCCUUUAAAUCGGGGAUGAUGAUUUUUAAUGUGAGAUUAUAAUCUCACAUAUUAAGCUUUUGUUAAACAGUACUAAUAGUCCUUUUGGAUAAAUUAAUACUAUGUGUGAAAACUAUGAAAAACAGAAUAUAUUUCACUAUAGUUUUUAAUAUACAGUUUAGAUGGACGUAAUUAAUUAAAUGAUAUGAAUAUAUUACUAAUCAGAGGCAAAGGUUUUUUAUAUCCGGAGAAAGCAUUUUCUGAUAAUUUUUAACGGUCAUUUUCUACACUUAUUUUUGUAAAUGUUGAGAUGCAUGUAGAUUUUAACCAAAGGAACACUAACAUGUGCAUGGCAGUUCAGGAGUGGGACACAGUAAACCUCAGCUAAGGCAGGCUUCGCUUAGUAGGCUAUGCCUCCUUUAAGAAAUGUCACCUUUACAAUUAAAAUGAAAUCACACGUAGGUCUACCUGGCCAUCGUUAGUUAUCAAUUGUAUGCCUCAAAGUUCACGGCCUCUUGCCACUUCUAAAAUUGAGUAAAACAAAAGAAAUAUGGCAAGAGUUUAACUUAUGUCAGAUGGUCAUCUCACCGGAGACGCGAUGCAACGAUUCACUCUCAGGAACCGAAUCCUGUGCACUGGACUGCUCAGAGAUAAUCACAGGAUUAUUAAAGUAUUUAUUUUACAUUGUGGGACUUUUGAAUGUUCCAAACAACUGGAAAAGCAACCGCUCUUAUUUUGCUCACUUUCUGGGGCCCUAUGUGAUUUUUAAUUGACACACACAAAAAGUUUAUCUGAAAUUAAUUUUAGAUUAUGAAGUUGUACUUUGAUAUACAAAGAGCUCACUAAGCAAUGUACACAGAGACUAUCCCUUAAUGUUUGACUGCCAACAUUGAACACUACAGCAUGUAGCUAGCAAGAUUAACUUGUAUAAUUUCUUUGUUACCCCACCUAAUCUUUGUGCAUUGUGUUAGCCUUAACGUUUGUAUUUAACUUGUGCAUAACCGGUGAAGGUAAUUUCAUGUCAACUCUUUGUUUGCUUUGUUUUUUUAUGUUUGUUUAUCGGAAUUUUCACCAGAAAGUUAUCCCUUUUUCCUUCUAUAGUCAUACAAUUUCUAUAUUCAUACAUUUUCAGUAGCUAUGUCAAUAUGUUAGAAUCAAUUUUUCAUUUUUUUGACUCUUCUUGAACUGGUGCUAGAGGUCAUUGAUUGUUUCACUGGGUGCAUAUUUACAUCUAAUCAGGGCCUGUACGUAAUCAGUGUAUAAUACAAGGACCGUAUUGCCCUGAAAGUGAGCCUACAACAAACAUUGCUUUUUCCGUGUAUGUACAUUACCAAAAUAUAAAAGAAAAUGGGCUAUUCCCACAAUGAUCAAUUAUUGGUUAAGGGGAGGGUAUAUAUAUAUAAAUAUCUAAAAAUAUUUUUGGACUAGCUAAAAUACAUGCUCUUAAGAACCAGUUGUUUUCGGUUAUAAACUACUGUGUAUAUAUAUAAAAAAUGCAGCCAUUAAAAAUCUAAUUGAUAUCUGGAAUUAGCAGUAUUUGGUAAACUAUAGGCAAUUCACCCCGCUGCUGGCUCCUUAUAACCCCAACGAUGGUGGUUUUUCCUUUGUAAUUCCCUCUCCAAUUAAAGUUUAUUUUCCCCUUUGGUUUACUCUUAACCUUGUUAUAUUGUAGCCCUUAGUAUGUUUUAUUAACUGAAAUUGCCCCAUUUGAUGCAGUAUUUUAGCAUUUGGAUCAGGUUCAUCAUAUUUUCCAAUUGGCGACUUUGGGCCUGGGUUGCCAACGUUUAUUAUUAUAAAUAAUUAGAUUUUCUAUUCUGCUCCCCAAACUAUCUUUUCACUUUGUUAUCCUCAUACAAUUUAAGUUAACAGCUCUGACCUUUGGAAAAUAAAUAUUUUUUUAAUCCAUUUGGGCAAAUGCAUUUUUGGUUUGUACUUUAGUUGACUUACCAGUUGAAAUCCAUCAUGGUUGAUAUGAUGAUGGCAGACGCCAUGGACACCGGCAGGUGGAUACAGAGCAGCUACGCCUGUCUGCCGUUAGAGGGCGCUGUUAAAUAAUGAUGCACGUGGUGUUGCAUUUCGUGUGGGUCACUGUCAGUCAAAUAUCAAAUCAGCCAUUAACUGUUAUCGUCAUGAAAGUGGAUACAUAGAAAAUAUCUAAACAACACGGUACUUUCACACGACUGUCAGGAAUUUACUUUUGUUAUCGUUUUUCAAUAAUUUUCUAAAAAGGUAUGAAGAGAUAACUUGAAUAAAACACACAUUUGUUUCAUAUAACAUCUUUAUAGAAAACAUGUCAAGUUUAAAAUAAAAAACUUUUUUUGUCUUUUCA